CGCCCCACCCGGAACCCGUCAAGCGCGCAGGCGGGGAGGCCAGCGCGCCGAGCUGGCGGGCGGCCCCGCGGCCCCCGGCCCCCCAGCCAUGUCGGCCGAGGAGAUGGUGCAGAUCCGCCUGGAGGACCGCUGCUACGCGGUGAGCAAGAGGAAGCUCAUCGAGCAGAGCGACUACUUCCGCGCCCUCUACCGCUCCGGCAUGCGCGAGGCCCGGGGCCAGGAGGCCGGUGGCCCCGAGGUGCAGCAGCUGCGCGGCCUCAGCGCGCCGGGCCUGCGCCUGGUGCUGGACUUCAUCAACGCCGGCGGGGCGCGCGAGGGCUGGCUGCUGGGCCCGCGGGGAGAGAAGGCCGGGGGAGCGGCCGAGGAGGAGGAGAUGGACGAGGUGAGCCUGCUGUCCGAGCUGGUGGAAGCGGCCUCCUUCCUGCAGGUCACGUCCCUGCUGCAGCUGCUGCUGUCCCAGGUGCGGCUCACCAACUGCCUGGAGCUGUACCGCCUGGCGCAGGUGUACGGGCUGCCGGACCUGCAGGAGGCCUGCCUGCGCUUCAUGGUCGUCCACUUUCACGAGGUGUUGUGCAAGCCCCAGUUCCACCUCCUGGUGGGGUCUCCUGCUCAAGCCCCGGGGGAUGUCAGCCUGAAACAGAGGCUGAGGGAGGCCCGGAUGACUGGAACUCCUGUCCUCGUGGCCCUGGGGGAUUUCUUGGGGGGACCCUUGGCCCCUCACCCCUACCAGGGGGAGCCCCCGUCCAUGCUCAGGUAUGAGGAGAUGACUGAACGUUGGUUUCCGCUGGCCAACAACCUUCCCCCCGACCUGGUGAAUGUCAGGGGUUACGGGUCUGCCAUCCUGGACAACUACCUCUUCAUAGUGGGCGGGUACAGGAUCACGAGCCAGGAGAUCUCCGCGGCGCAUUCCUACAACCCCAGCACCAACGAGUGGCUCCAGGUGGCCUCCAUGAACCAGAAGAGAUCUAACUUCAAACUUGUGGCCGUUAAUUCAAAACUCUAUGCCAUCGGCGGGCAGGCUGUUUCUAAUGUUGAGUGUUACAAUCCCGAGCAGGAUGCGUGGAAUUUUGUGGCACCCUUACCAAACCCUCUGGCUGAGUUCUCCGCCUGUGAGUGUAAGGGGAAAGUUUACGUCAUCGGAGGGUACACGACCAGAGACCGUAACAUGAACAUUUUGCAGUACUGCCCCUCUUCCGACGUGUGGACGCUCUUUGAGACGUGUGACGUGCACAUUCGCAAGCAGCAGAUGGUGUCUGUGGAGGAGAUCAUCUACAUCGUGGGCGGGUGUCUCCAUGAACUGGGGCCCAACCGGAGGGGCAGCCAGAGCGAGGACAUGCUGGCCGUGCAGUCCUACAACACGGUCACGCGGCAGUGGCUCUACCUCAAGGAGAACACGUCCAAAUCGGGCCUCAACCUGACGUGCGCGCUCCACAACGAUGGCAUCUACAUCAUGAGCAGGGACGUCACCCUGUCCACCAGCCUGGAGCACCGGGUCUUCCUCAAGUACAACAUCUUCUCCGACAGCUGGGAGGCCUUUAGGCGGUUCCCAGCCUUCGGACAUAACUUGCUGGUUUCCUCUCUUUAUCUGCCCAAUAAAACAGAAACGUGACUGAACUGACCUAGUAUUUAAAAGACACUUGGCUCAAGACGUAAAAAAAAAAUCAUCCACAAAAAAGUGUGUCCCAUUUCAAGGGAGACUGAUUUCUAAAGGGAAACUGUGGAUUAAAGUAGGUCACUAUACAAUAGCUGUAAACAAGCUGACUUGAACUAAUUACUUGAAAACUUAUGGAGAGAAGAGACCAACUUUAUUAUUUUUUAAAUUAUUGGCUUUUAGAUUACGGGAACAAAUCCAUGAUCACGUUUUCAUCCAGAUAUCAUACCGUUAGGCCAGUGACUAAAACGGAUCAUCACAAAGAAUCUUCAUUGUGUCUGCUUAGUAAGGGGCCGAUGCCAGCACCUGGCACGGGUGGUGAAGAUGGCUCUAAAAUCUGUUUUACUUGGGUCACUUGACAUAUCAUGAAUACCUGAAGUGAAAGUUUUUUUAUUAUUUACUUGACAAACACUUAUAUUCACACUGUGUUCUCCCCACCUCUCCCCAGUUAUACCCGCAUUUGCUUCCGGGGUGCUGGAAACAGGGUUCUGUGUUCACAUAUCUUGUGUGCACGCUGCCUUCCAGGAAGUGUGCGAUGAUGCAGCCGUGCAGUGAAGCCUUGCGAGGACCCGGUCCUCC